AUGGUAUCCAUCGACUAUUUCACCAAAUGGUUCAAGGCAUAUUCUGUUGUCACAAAGAAAGUAGUGACAGAUUUUGUCCGAAACAACAUCGUCGGUAGAUUUGGAUUAUCGGAGUCUAUCAUCUCUGACAAUGCUGCCAACUUCAACAGAGACCUCAUGAGAGAAAUAUGCGAGAAGUUCAGAAUCUUCCACCUCAAUUCCAUAGCCUACAUGCCACAAAUGAUUGGGGCGGUCGAGGCAGCCAACAUGAAUAUCAAGAGGAUUCUACAAAAUAUAGUAGACAAUCACAGACAAUGGCACGAGAAGUUACCUUUCACUUUAUUAGGUUACCGGACUACCAUAAGAACAUCUAGUAGGGCAACGCCACACAUGUUAGUAUACGGCACAGAAGCGGUGAUACCUGCAAAGGUCAAGAUACCGUCCUUAAGAGUUAUUCAAGAAGCAAAAUUGGACGAUGCAGAGUGGAUACAGGUCAGGCAAGAACAGCUCAUGCUCAUUGACGAGAAAAGAAUGGUUGCAGUAUGUUAUGGCUAG